AUGACGUUGGACCAAUCUGCCGCAGACACGUCCCUAGAGACGGUGAAAGAACCCUCUGCUGCAGCGCAGGGGCUUGCAGGGCCACCAGCUUCCCUGAAGCUUUUGAGAGGGGACAUCGAGGCUUUUGUGGUGACCCAGAGGCACAACCGAGAUCACGAGGUGGACGUGCAGCAGUUCAUCGAGAAUGUCUACAAGCCUCCGGACCGGUACGUCAUGGAAGCCCUGGCGGACGCCAUUGCACUGGUGGAGAACUCCAAUGGUGGCAAGUUGAAGCCCUCGAAGAUGUUCAAACGCUUAGAAUUAGGUGCAGAUCUUCAUGCCUUGUUCAGCUUGCUGGACAAGAAUGACCAGGGGGCUGUAGACAUCGGGGAGUUCACUCGGAACUAUCAGGUGCACCAAGGCUCUUUGUUGGACUCUAUGAUGCGGCCGAUCAAGUCUGUCAAGCAUGAAGGUGGCAUCGAAUACGGAGGCCCAGUCCAGGAGAAGAUUGACACGCAGAUGCGUGAGCUUGAGGAGAGACAUCACAGCCAGGCCUUGCGGUCUAGCUCAGCACCUCCGAACAGCGGAGAUGAUGUUGCCUCCGAAGCUGCCUCAAGGCUGAAGACACACAACGAGGGAACCCUGGCACGUAGCAAUGCAGGCAGCAACCGGUCUCAGAUAAGCCGCACUGGCGCAUCCAUUGCCAGUUCUGGCGCUCCCAUCUAUGAGCCACAGGUGAAUCAACUCACAGGAAAGGCACGGAUCAGUGACGUGAUCAGAGCCCGCUUCAAUGCAGAUGUGGGCGAGUACCUGUUCUCUUUGCAUUCCAGAGGCUGCUCAUCGCAGGAGGUGCGAUGUGAAAAUGGGAAGCCCACAGAGCUCCACUUGGAUGUGCAGGUUCUUCGGCAGAGGGAUCCCCACCUUCGGGACGAUGUGGUCAUCUCAUCCUUGGCAUCCUGGACACGGCACCGGCUGAAGCGUUUGCAGAUCAAUGGCCUUAAAGGUGCGGAGGACGGUGCUGUACCUUCUGAAAUCUGCAACCUUGUGCACCUGGAGUCUUUGCAGCUUAACGGGAAUGGCUUCAAAUCAGUAGCUCCUUGCAUCACGAGAAUGGUCAACUUGAAAGAGCUUUACCUCGGCAACAACAGGCUGCGGUCUCUUCCGAAGCAACUUGGGAAGAUGCAUCUGAAGAAGCUGGCUUUGGGUUCCAAUCGCUUCAAGACGUUCCCGAGCAAUCCUGUUCGGCAGCUUCCUGCGGAGGAGUUGAUGUUGCAGCAUAACCAUCUAUCAGAGAUCCCUGCCGGUAUUCAGCGCUUGAAACGGCUCCGGAGGCUGAAUCUGGUUGCCAAUCAGCUUGAGUCUGUUCCAGAGGAGAUUGGGAAGUUGAAGUCCUUGCAGGCCAUGAUGCUGGACGACAACCAGUUGGAGUACGUCCCCAGUAGCUUGAAGCCCAUUUGGCUCAAAGGAGGGCUACAUGUGGAUGGAAAUCCAAUGAACCAGCAAUCCGAGCAAUCAGAGCUUUGCGCAUCAUGUGGCGCACCAUGUGGCUCUUCUCGGCCCCGGAAGGGCAUCUCUGAAUGCCAGGCCGAGGAUACUAUGAGGAAGCAUGCCACCCGCGAGUUUAAGGUCGAGCGUAUUCGAGCUCGGCAACGUGACUUUGAGGAACGUUGUUGGGCUGCCAACGAAGCCGCGCAGCAAUACGAUGAGAUGAAGGUGGCGCGGAAGGCCAUGAACCUCUUGAACUACGAGCGUCGGUGCCACAUGUCUUGUGCAUGA